AUGUUGGACUCUGAUGACUGCGUGUUGUCCCUGGACAAUCUGUUUUUUGAGAAGCCUAUUGUCCACAAAGUAAAGCCACUGCACCAGGAAGUCAGUCCAUGGCAGCUCGAAGCACCUCCAUCACUUUCACAAUUUCCAGCGACUCAGGAUUUGCAGGAGGAGGCAGAGUCUCUCUCUACUCUCUCUAGAUCAACUGGCAUGAAGGUCUUACCAUCAAAAGUAAACAGUUCGUUCAGUUACACGGACAAUGAGAAAGAGAUUGAAAGUCAGGAUGGCAGCAGAAGCACCAGCAGAUGUGGCAGUCUUUGGGAAGAUGAAGAGAUCAGGGAAUACUCUCAGGGUGCCUGUCAGAGCAGUAGAGGGGGAGAUGAAACACCUAAGGACUCUGGUCAUGUGGCCACCAGCUGGAGAUGUUUGUCUCUGGACCCACCUCUACGGAGAAGCCUGUUCAAGGUUCAGCCUCUGAACAAAGGAGGUGACUCGUCAAACACACAUGACCUCAGUGGAAGCAGCAGCCAGACAGCAUCCAGACCUCAAACUUUUCUCACUCAGGUUACCAUGGCGACUGCAACUCCUCCUCCACCUCCUCCACCUCCUCCUCCUCUUCAGCCGUCACGGGCGACCAUUAGCCAAGGAGCUCCUCCUUUUUUUCCCGAGUCCCCCUUUUCACCCCCUCCUUUGGGCUCAUCUGCAGCGAGUGACCGACCCCCGCGGCAGACAGCACAUGCUGAGAUGCAGGACAAGGGCACAAAGAGAGCCUUCGUUCUGCCCAUGACACCUCAGCCGCUCUGCAUACAAGGUCGCUGCACAUCUGGAGUUUUGCGGCCAGUUUCUGAAAUCCCAGCGAAAUUCAGAUCAGUCUUCAGCGACUUCCCCUUUUUUAACUAUGUUCAGUCUAAAGCACUGGAUGAUGUUCUUUACACAGGUAACAACUUUGUGGUAUGUGCUCCCACUGGAUCUGGUAAAACGGUGCUGUUUGAGCUGGCUAUAAUCCGUCUGCUAAUGGAGACAUCAGAGCCUUGGAGAGACGUCAAAGCUGUCUACAUGGCCCCCAUCAAAGCCCUGUGCAGUCAGUGCUUUGAGAGCUGGAAGAAGAAGUUUGGUCCUCUGGGGCUGAACUGUAAGGAGCUGACGGGUGACACGGAGAUCGAUGACUUCUUUGAGAUUCAGGAGUCCCACAUCAUCUUGACAACCCCUGAAAAAUGGGACAGCAUGACAAGAAAAUGGAAAGACAACUGUCUGUUACAGCUGGUCAGGCUCUUUCUUAUUGAUGAGGUGCAUGUGGUGAAGGAUGCGACCCGAGGUGCCACUCUGGAGGUGGUGGUGAGCAGGAUGAAGGCCGUACAUGCCUACAGGACGGCACAGAAUCCAGAGAAAGACCUGUCUAUGAGGUUCGUGGCUGCAUCAGCCACUAUACCCAACAUCUCUGAUAUAGCAGACUGGCUCUCUAAUGAGAGUGGUCCAGCCACAUAUCUGGAAAUGGAUGAGAGCCAUCGUCCUGUGAAGCUGAGGAGGGUGGUGCUGGGAUUCCCCAGCAGCCCAAACCAAACAGAGUUCAAGUUUGACCUGUCACUCAACUACAAGAUGGCCAACAUCAUUCAAACAUACUCUGACCAGAAGCCUGCUCUUGUGUUCUGCUCUACAAGGAAAGGAGCCCAGCAGUCAGCUACAGUUCUGGCUAAGGAUGCUCGCUUCAUCAUGAGCAUUGAGCACAAGCAAAGAUUGAUGAAAUAUGCAAACUCUGUUCUGGAUUCAAAACUAAGAGAUCUGGUGAUGUUAGGUGUUGGAUUCCAUCAUGCAGGAGUUGAUGUGUCUGAUAGGAAGCUGAUAGAAAAGGCCUUCACUCUGGGAGACCUGCCUGUCCUCUUUACCACCAGGACUCUGGCCAUGGGAGUGAACCUACCAGCUCAUCUUGUGGUGAUCAAGUCCACCAUGCAGUACGUGUCGGGCUCCUGUGAGGAGUACAGCGAGGCAGACCUGCUGCAGAUGAUAGGAAGAGCUGGAAGACCACAAUUUGACACAUCAGCGACUGCAGUGAUCAUGACCAAGAUGCAAACCAAGGACAAAUACAUGAAACUCAUGAAUGGGAUUGAAAUCACUGAGAGCAGCUUACACAGUCACCUGGUUGAGCACCUGAAUGCUGAGAUUGUUCUCCAAACCAUCAGUGAUGUCAACAUGGCUCUGGACUGGAUACGCUCCACCCUCCUCUACAUCAGAGCCCUCAAGAACCCCACAUACUACGGUUUCUCGGCUGACUUGGACAGAUACGGAAUUGAAGCGAAAUUACAAGAACUGUGUCUGAGGAAUCUAAACUCUCUGUCUUCCCUCGGUCUGAUUGACAUGGACGAGGACAUCAACAUAAAGCCAACUGAGGGCGGCAGAUUGAUGGCAAGGUACUUUGUUGCCUUUGACACCAUGAAACAGUUCAGCCAAGUGUCCGGCACUGAGAGCCUGUCUGACCUGAUUGAGUUGGUGUCAAAGAGCAAAGAGUUCAGCGACAUUCAGUUAAGAGUGAACGAGAAGAGGCCUUUGAAUACUUUAAACAGAGACAAGAACAGAAUCACGAUCAGGUUUCCUAUGGAGGGAAAGAUCAAAAGCAGUGAGAUGAAAGUAAACUGCUUGAUUCAGGCUCAGUUGGGUUCCAUUUCAAUCCAAGAGUUUGGACUCACACAGGACACAGCAAAGAUCUUCAGGAAUGGGAUGCGCAUCAGCAAAUGCUUGUCGGAGUUUCUUAGUCAGACACCCAAGACAGUUUUUUCUGCUCUGCUCAACUCCCUGAUCCUGGCCAAAUGCUUCAGAGCCAAGCUUUGGGAAAACUCGCCGUAUGUCUCCAAACAGCUCGAGAAGAUAGGCCAGACCUUAUCAACUGCCAUGGUGAACGCUGGACUCACCACGUUCAGCAAAAUAGAGGAAUCCAAUCCUAGAGAGCUUGAGCUGAUUGUCAACAGACAUCCCCCAUUUGGAAACCAGAUCAGAGAGUCUGUCAUAUGUCUCCCAAAGUAUGAAGUAACUCUGGAGCAGCUUCCUAAGUGUAGCUGUUCCACGGCUGAGAUUUUGGUGAAGGUGAACCUUAAAAACCAAGCCCAGCUGCUGUCCAGGAGAACGGCUCCCGACCACCACUUUGUCUCUCUGAUCAUUGGCGACUCCGACAACACCGUGGUCUUCCUGCAGAAACUCACGGACUCGCUGAUGUUGAAGUGUGGCAGCUGGUCAAAGAAGAUUGAGGUGACUAAGGCCUCAAAGGGAGAGGAGAUCCGUGUCAAUCUCAUCAGCUCAGAAUAUGUGGGCCUGGACAUCCAGCAGAAGUUCAACGUGUACUACUCCAGAGCCAGGAGUUUUGAAACUGAUAAUCGAUACCAUACAUCAUAUGAUCCUACUGGACAGAGACCACAGAACUCUGCACUGAAACCACAGCUUCCAGUUCAGGCUGUGGCUCAGAGGGAAGGUGCCACAUAUUUUGCCGAACCAGGCAACAAAAGACAGUGCAACCACUUCUGCAAGAAUAAAGAUCUCUGUGCGCAUGACUGCUGUAAAGUGGGUGUAACUGUGGCACGGAAGAGGGCAACAAAUCAAGAAUCCGGUUUUUCUUCCUAUUUGAACGACCUGUGGAACAGGAGUGACACCCUCGCACAGACUCCUGUCAAACGACUCAAGAUGAGAAUGAACAAGCAGAGUGUGUCUGUCAACAUGCAGGAGUUUUCCUACAAACCCAAAGAGAGACUAUCUACUGUUCCCAGGUAUGGAGCUAAUCUAUAUGAAGGUUCAGUGACACCUCACGCUCAGACUGUGGACCUGACAGGAGAAGACUUCACUCAGCUGCCAGGCACAGUUUGCCUGGACGAGUUUGACAGCGGUUCCUUAGUGUGGGUGAACCCAGGAGUCAGCGUUGGGCCUUGUCCGAAUGAUAAUCCUCUUCUCAACCAGAACAAUAAAAUAAACUCAGUUUACCCAAAGAGGUCAUCUGCCAUGUCAGAUCAGGGUGUUCACUGUGAGAACACAGCAUUCUCACAAAUACCCACUGUGAACUUUGAUCUUGGAAGUGAAUGGGACGACUGGGGUGACUUUGAUGACGAGAACUUGGUGCAUGCGAGCGAGACAUCAAUGGUCUCGAAUGCUGCUACUGCCAGACCUCAAGUCCAGAAGUCUGUUGCCCUUAACACAGCAGGCUUUACUGCUGCAUCAGUUUUCACCCAUCAGUCACAAGUCAGGCAGUGUGUAAACACCUCUGCCCGAACACCACUCAAGUCAAUUUCACCGACUUUCAGUCCUGAAAUCAGAAGACCAGGACCCUCACCAGCAGUCAGACCACAGAGCAGAAUCACACUUGACUGGAAUAAAAAGAGACAGAACAGCUUCACUGGAGAUAUCCCACUAAAAACACAAGAAAAUCUACCCCAACAAAGCAAGACCUGUGUGGCCCCUCUCACCAGGUUUGAUUUCUUCUCAUCAAUGAUUGACUCAAGCGGCACAAGCUCAUCUGUCAACACAAGCACCAACAGCAAAGAAGAGGAAGCGUUCAUUGGAAUAUUUGAUGGCAUAUUUUAGAAGGAAUUGCUGUGCAAAAUAUUUAAGCUUUGAGCUUUACAUCAGAUGUUCAGUGUUUCAAAUUCAUGUUAUUAUAUAUUUAUAUUGAAAAUGGAACAAAAUGUUUCCAAUGACGGUUCCCAAGUUUACUCCUGUUAUUUAUGCAUUUAUUUAUUUAUAAAUAAAGUGUUUGUUUGUU